AUGCACAUUGAGAGUGUAAUGGAAGGUGAAAACAAACAGCCCUAUGCUUUGGAUGAGGAACAAGGUGGCUCAGCACAUAUUUAUUUUGGAGGUGACCUGAGUUCAGAUAACUACACUCAAGUUAAUGCAGUGACCUAUGAUGACGUGCAUGUCGACUUCACUUGGGAAGAAUGGACUUUGCUGGAUCCUUCCCAGAAAAGUCUUUACAAAGAUGUGAUGGUGGAGACCUACAGAAACCUCACUACUAUAGGAUACAGUUGGGAAGACCAUAAUAUUGAAGAACAUUGUCAAAGUUCUAGAAGACAUGAAAGGUAA